UGUGUUCAACGCGUAGUCUUACUUUAAAAUUAACUGACGUCCACCCAGCCAACUAUGAGCAGGAAUUAGCCGCAAUAAUCACCUGGUGAAGAGAGAGAGAGAAAGAGAGAGAGAAAAAACGUGGGACCGCAACUGAGUUGAAACAUGAAUUACCACAAUAUUGUUUUCACAGCGACAUUUCUGUUGUGCCUUCUGACAAGUGGGUGCUGGUCGUGCGGUCCUGGGAGGGGCGGUGGACGGAGGAGACCAUCGAGGGAACUAACGCCACUGCUGUAUAAGCAGUGUAUCCCCAAUGUAUCCGAGAAUACCCUCGGCGCGAGUGGACCGAACGAGAAAAAAAUCACGCGGGAGGACGAUGAAUUCAAAGACUUACAGACGGUGUACAACGCCGAUAUUAUGUUCAAAGACGAAGAGGGGACCGGAGCGGACCGAUUAAUGACACAGAGGUGCAAAGACAGAUUGAAUUCACUUGCGAUAUCAGUGAUGAACCAGUGGCCUGGAGUCAAACUUCGUGUUACCGAGGGCUGGGACGAGGAUGGACACCACGCGCCCAACUCUUUACAUUACGAAGGACGCGCCGUGGAUAUAACGACCAAUGACAGGGAUCGUACCAAAUAUGGCAUGCUUGCGAGGUUAGCCGUGGAGGCAGGUUUUGACUGGGUGUUUUACCAGUCUCGCGCGCAUGUGCACUGUUCUGUUAAAGCAGAAAGUUCACUGGCCGCUAAAUCUGGAAGCUGUUUUCCCGGCGACGCCACAGUCACUCUGGAAAAUGGACUGACGAAGAGUUUGGACCAACUUACUAUUGGAGAAAAAGUUAUGGCCGUGAACGAGGAUGGAACAAUCGUUUACAGUGACGUCAUCAUGAUGAUGGACAGUAAACCCAAUAGACGGCAGCGUUUUCAUGUGAUUGAAACAGAGGAUGGACAGAAGUUGACUCUUACUCCUCAGCAUCUUGUCUACGCGAGUCGUUCGAAUGUGACCUUUGACCCCGGCUCUGUGUCUCCAGUUUAUGCCGCAGAUGUUGAACUCGGGCAUUAUGUGUAUACAUCGCACGAUAGGGGGCGCUAUUCAUCCAUAAAGCCAGCUAAAGUAAUUACAAUAUCGUCAGUUGAAAACGUUGGCGUGUACGCGCCGCUCACCCGGGAAGGGACGAUAAUUAUAAACAACAUUGUAGCAUCAUGUUAUGCAAUGGUAAACCACAACAUUGCGCAGUUUGCGUUUGGACCAAUUCGUUUCUUACAUGAUGUCUCCUCCCAUAUAUGGAGAAUGGUUGCGACCACGUCGACAGAGGGCGUUCACUGGUAUCCGUACCUGCUUUACACGUUCGCAGGGCCAUUCCUCAGUGAACCUGGUACACGCAGAUGGAAUUUCUGUCUGAAUUGAAUCGCUCCGCAGCAAACGGUUUGAAUUCUGCAUCACCAGAGGGCGCAAUUCACUGGAUCGAAUACGUCACUGGUGGGCUGGCAGGGGAACGCACGUCAUUGCACGUCGAGUGAAAAUGAUCGCAUCCUCGCCACGAUGCCACUGUAUACGCGUAAAAAAAGAACUAAGCGGCAACGCACCAAGUAAUUCAGCAAUACCAUUUUUAGAAAAUUGUACAAAUAUUUUUUUUUUCAUACUUAAAAACAAAGUAGACAAAACAUGAACGUGAACGUUGGCGAACACAAUCAGUAACGUCACGUGAUCAGUUCAUUUGCAUG